UCUAUAUAUUUCCCCCCUCCAACUCCAGCGAGCUCGCUCUCUCCCCCUCUCUCUCUCGCCCUCGCCGCCAUCACCAUGGAGCAUCAUCGUCAUCGGGGAGCGGUGGUUCUCGUGGUGGCGGCGGCGGCGAUGGCGAUGGCGAUGUCGGCGGUGAGGGGGGAUUUCGCGGCGGACAGGGCGGAGUGCGCGGACAAGCUGAUGGCGCUGUCGACGUGCCUGACGUUCGUGCAGGACGGCGCGUCGGGGGGCGCGGCGGCGCCGACGCCGGACUGCUGCUCGGGGCUGAAGGCGGUGCUGGCGGCGAGCCGCAAGUGCCUGUGCGUGCUCAUCAAGGACCGCGACGACCCAAACCUCGGCCUCAAGAUCAACGUCACCAAGGCGCUCUCCCUCCCCCAGCUCUGCAACGCCCCCGCCAACAUCUCCGACUGCCCAAGGCUGUUGAACUUGCCACCAAACUCCAAGGACGCGCAGAUCUUCGAACAGUUCGCCAAGCAGCAGGCUGCCAUGCAGGGCAGCCCCAGUGCAUCCCCUGGUGGGUCAAGCGCACCGGCCGCGGGCGCGCAGAAGAGCGGUGCGGCCGUGUUGCGGUGGUUGGGAGUGGACGGAGUUGGUGGCGGCGGCGCACGCGCGGUGGCGCUCCUCCUCUUCCUCCUCUCCUCCGCCGUCGCCGUCGCCGCGCCUCUCCUGCUCGUAUUCUGAAUUUCUGAUGGCCACAGCUUAAAAUUAGCGUGUAACACACAAACGACUAAAAGUCUCUAAUUAAGAGCAGUGAGUGGUCUUUGCCGUUGGAAAAUUUGGAAUUGUAGUAUAUCUCAUGAUCAGCUAGCUCUAGUAGCUACGCGUGUUGUGUGUGUGGUCUCGAACGACUUUAUAAUCUCAGUGUGAUAUUGAUUUGAUAUAGUUGUAAUCAUAAAAAGGUUGGCAAUCUGAAAAGAGAGAUUGAUUUCAUUGAUUUGUGA